AUGGAGGAGCUUCGUGAACUGUUAAGGCUGGUUUUGUCUCCUCUGAUUGCGUCUCCUCUGAGUGAGGAUGAGAGGAAAGCGGCAGAAGAAGCGAGAGAGAGAACUCUGCGUAUCCUACACGAUUCUCUAAGCAAAAGGGACGCCCUGCUGGUGGAGAAGCCAGAAGAGCACCCUGAGCUACGUUAUUAUCCAUUAAUCAGUCCUGCCCUGGUACAAGAUCUGAUUUGUGAACUUGAGAAGGUGACAUUUAUGAGGGACAACUACCCAGAGAACAAGGAGACAAUGUUUGCGGGGAAUAUAAAUUCAAAAUAUUUGUCACCUCUGAGUGAGGAUGAGAGGAAAGCGGCAGAAGAAGCGAGAGAGAGAACUCUGCGUAUCCUACACGAUGCUCUAAACAAAAGGGACGCCCUGCUGGUGGAGAAGCCAGAAGAGCACCCUGAGCUAGACAAUUGGCCAUUAAUCAGUUCUGCCCUGGUACAAAAUCUGAUCCGUGAACUUAAGAAAGUGACAUUUGUGAAGGACAACUACCCAGAGAACAAGGAGACAAUGAUUGCGUAUGUGUACCCCAGCCACAGCGCUAGAACCAUCUAUUUGUGCCCUCCCUUUUGGAAACAAAAUAAAUAUCUGGCAUUAGGUUCCCAAAUAGGCGCAUUCAUUCAUGAAGUUUCUCACUUUCUGGGGUACAAGGACAGCCACACGGAGAGGACAGACAGCCGAGCUCAGCUGCACAAAUCUCUCACCACUUAUACGAUUGCUGAUGCCUUUGAGAGAUACAUGAGCCACCUAGUACAGUAUGAGGGCAAUUCCUACUCUUGUUGUGGGGAGACAUCCAGAGACUCUGUGUGCAGAAACUCACGUAUGGGCCUCAUUCUAAGGAGGAUUAUAAAGCCAAACCAUGUGUUUCCUCUGAGUGAGGAUGAGAGGAAAGUGGCAGAAGAAGCGAGAGAGAGAACUCUGCGUAUCCUACACGAUGCUCUAAACAAAAGGGACGCCCUGCUGGUGGAGAAGCCAGAAGAGCACUCUGAGCUACGCGUUUCAUUAAUCAGUCCUGCCCUGGUACAAGAUCUGAUCCGUGAACUUGAGAAAGUGACAUUUAUGAAGGACAGCGACCCACAAUUAUUAGGGCAUGUGUACCCCAGCUCCAGCACUGCCACUUGUUUUGGAAACAAUAUAAAUACCUGGAAUUCAAUUCCCAACUGGGCACAUUAA